UGGCGAGAGGCGGUAGCGGCGAGCGGAUCACCAAUGAGGAGCAGGGCGGCGCGCUCUGGACCCUGGGAACUGCGCCGAGUUAGUAUGUACAACGGUUGCCGUAACAACGGGUAGCUGAGUCUUUGCGAUGGCCUCUAACUUUAAGAAGGCAAACAUGGCAUCAAAUGCCCAGCGAAAAAGAGUGAGUCCUAAGCCUGAGCUUACUGCGGAGCAGGUACAGGAAAUCCGGCAAGCUUUUGAUCUCUUCGAUACUGAUGCAACUGGGACUAUCGAUGUUAAGGAACUUAAGGUGGCAAUGAGGGCACUGGGCUUUGAACCCAAGAAAGAAGAGAUUAAGAAAAUGAUAACUGAAAUUGAUAAGGAAGGGACAGGAAAAAUGAACUUUAAUGACUUUUUGACUGUGAUGACUCAGAAAAUGUCUGAGAAAGAUACCAAAGAAGAAAUCCUGAAGGCUUUCAAGCUCUUUGAUGAUGAUGAAACUGGGACAAUAUCGUUCAACAAUCUAAAACGUGUGGCCAAGGAGUUGGGUGAGAACCUCACUGAUGAGGAGCUGCAGGAAAUGAUUGAUGAAGCUGAUCGAGAUGGAGAUGGAGAAGUCAAUGAGCAAGAGUUCCUACGCAUCAUGAAAAAGACCAGCCUUUAUUAAGAUUAUUCUCUUCUAGUGCAAGCACACAUCACUAGAUUUAGUGCCUGCCAUUGUGUAAAACUUGGUUUUUGAGAACACAAACUAUUUUUCCCCACUGACCUCCCUGUAUGACUUUAGUAACAACCUCAAAUCUGUUUAGACUUUUGCACGUGUUCUUUGAUAGUAGAGUUCUUUGUGAGGUGACAUGUUGCUUACUUUAACUCCUCAAGGCAGAACCAAAGAACAUUAGAGUAAAGGGUCUGAAAGUUCUCACCCACUUGCUGUUCUGCCUUGUAGUGCUUCACUUGUCAUGCAUUCCCACAUUUAUGCCACCACAGAAGGACUUCCUAGACAAGCACAUGUUGUACCUAUGCUACCACAGCCGUGGGCAUCUCUUGGAUUGUUCUGGUUUUCACUGACACUUGAGGACAGCUUUCUGUUUUAAAAAAAAAUCUAGUGAACUUUCUCACUUGCAUUUGGAUAUGCUUUUAUUAUUUGUUUGGUCUUAAGAAUAAAACAUUUCUUAUUUUGA